CGUGCUCAGUAUUUUGGGAAUGCCUCUUCGACUGUCUGCAUGUCUGAACGUAAUGCAGUAAUCUUUUCAAAGUACAGAGAGGAAACUUAAACAUUCCUUACUCGGGGGAACAAUCUUCGGGUUUUUUGUAAAUAGAAAAUGUAUGGGGUAUGAAGUCUGUUUGAAGUUAAAUAAGAUCAGCCUUUUUGGAUUUGUACCUAAAUCUGACUCGCUCAGAGAGGGAACGAUCGGUUAUUAACAGCACCAUGUCGGACAACAACACGACAGGACAGUGGAUUGCAGAGCUGUUUCAGCCAGCGUUCCCCAUUACGGUAGACGAUGUUGCAGCACUGCAAGAUGAGGGGCCGAUUAAAAGCAAGAUCAAGCGGGUGCCUGCUUUUGACCCCGAGGCCAUUCAGAAAGUGUAUGAGAAAGUCAGAGUUAUGAAUAUUCUGGAUGCGGAAAUGAAACAACAGACAUGGGACAGAGAGAUAGCAGAAUUAUCAGCACAGAAAACUGAAUCGCAGCCUGAAGAAGACCUUGGCAAGAAAGACACAUUUGAUGACAAAAAGGAAAUUCACAAAGACUCGGAGUCGCCUGUUGAUCUGAAAGAAAGCUGUAUCUGGGACACUGAUGAACUUGAUGUCCUUCGAAAAGUUUACAAAUCGGCCCGGGGAAGAAUCCAUGAGUUGGAGGUGGAAGUAAGAGAAGCUCAGAGAAGAAAUAAACUUUUAGAGGAUGAUAAUAUAAUGCAAACAAAAGCGCUGGAAGUAACUGAAAGUGGCUUUAAGGAUGCUAAGAAGGCUAAUAAGAGGUUGAAAAUUCAUUGUGAUAACUUAAAGGAGCAGUUGGAAUUUGCAUCAGCAAAGGUGGAUGCUGUGACGGAAAUGUGGAAGGAAAUCAGUGAGGAAAAGUCUUCCAUGAUGAAAGAAACUCAGGAUCUGAGGAUCCAGACUGACCGAGAAAGACUGGCUAGAGAGAGGCUGGAAAUAAAGGUUGAGGAAGCAGGAAGGGAGAUAAUUCAGGAGAAGCAACUUGCACAAGAGAAUGCUCGUGUGAAGUAUGAAAGCAUGAUUUUCGGUCUCCAAAAACAUGUGAAGUCGUUGUCUGAAGAUCUUACCAAGGAGAGACAAUCACAUGAUAUUUCCAAGAAAGCGCUGACAAGUUUGAGGCACCAUUUUGCAAGUCUGCCACUGCACGACAUUAUAGCCCCAAAUGCAGUGCAUGAAGAUCAAGUGAAGAAUAUAGACUAUCUCAGUUUGUGAGGGAAGAAACAAAGAGCAUAUCAUUGUUCAUAUCUGUGAUUUGUGUAAUAUAUCUUGAAUGUUU